UGCUGCCGCAUAACUUGAGUUUGAAGACAGACGUAGCACAGGGGCCGGCUCCGAUGUUCCUCAUGAAUUGCUGCUGUUUGUUGUGUGUCCUGGUGUGCCUGGCCACUCUGCUGCAGCUGGGGACUCUAGAAGAGGUCAAAGCACAGGUCGGUGGGUAUGUGCGGCUUCCCUGCUACCACAACGCCAGCAUGCCCAUCAUCUUCAUGUACAUACAGAAGACAACGCCUGAGGUUUUCAUCAAUGGCUACCACUUUGAAAAGGCCAUUGUACCUCACUUGAAGUACGUAAACCGCACCGCGGUGGACCACCGCACAGGAUGGAUGGACCUGUGGGAUGUGAGUGUGACGGACGAGGGAGAGUAUCAGUGCAUCUUCAUGGAGAAGACCAAGGAGUCUAAAACGUUGACUUUUCAACUGACAGUAACAGCCAAUUACAGUGAACCUGUGAUGACGGUCACUCCCGAAGACAGAGACGACUAUGGGGGUUGCCUCAUCACCUGCUCCUCCUCGGGCGGGUACCCAAACCGGAGCUUGGAGUGGACCCUCCAGCCAGAGGUGGCCGCCGCCCAAUGGAUGGUGUUGAACAGGAGCAGCGUUCAGGACCCAGUCACCAUGCUGUAUAACGUCUCCUGGACCAUGCACAUAAACAGCUCCCAGUCACUCAGCGUCAGCUGCUCUGUGGGGGGUGCUGUGACUCAGCUACAGGAAAUCUGUAACAAUAAUCGCCCGCCAGAGUCAGACCACCCUGAUAUGACAGUUGUUGUGGCCUCACUGGUGAUGGCCAUUUUGUUGAUCAUUGGGUUCAUUUUCAUAAUAAGGAUGCACAAGUCUAGUCCAGCAGCUGACUCUCCAGUUAGGCGUGAUGAACCAGGCUCACAAGAACUAGAAUCACUGACAUGAUGGAACUCUGCAUCCAAACGGCGCUGCAGUCUGGAGGAAUCUGUACCACAAUAUGUUACCAAGGUGACAUUCUCCCAUCCAAACAAGCUGCUUCUUGGUGGGGGUUAGGAUGAAGGGUGAAUUUAGUCUACAGUACCUCUCAGUGGCCUUUUUGCUCCAAGGUAUCCUCUGGCACUUCAUCUCAUCAUGGGGUGAGAUUGGUCUUUUCAUUUUUGAAUCUCUUAAAAUUUCUCUUUGGUAUGUGAUCAUCCACUUAAAAUACAUUAGAAAAAUGUGUUAGAAAAGUAUCCUCCUUGGUUCAGAAAUACAUGAGGCACUGCAAAAAAAUCACAUUUACAUUUGUCUGUGGCAGAUGUUCUCAAUGCACAAUCCUCUGAUCUCAUCGUUUUUAUCCAAAACUGGGCAGGCCAGCAGCACUGGUCUUACCUCAAAUGGGAAUAAAAUUGCUUUGUUGCGUGUAAGUCAACGUGACAUGGUGACUGGAACAUUAAUCUGUUAUUACUGGGAGAAAUAGAGGGAUGGCUAUGAGAGGCAAUGGGUGGCACUACACUUAGUUUAUUCUUCUUUAUACUUUAUUCUACUUGACUUUAUUUUUACUUACUUGUGUCUCUCUGACAUUUUCCAAAUGAGUGCCACCCCAUUGUUCAGCCACCUCUGUAUGUCAGUAAAAGAAAAGAAAAUGGUUCUCUGAACAAUGAAUAUGUGCAAACUAGGGUUUUUCUGGACCUCACCCCUCUACUACCCUCAUCUGCUGAGUUUAAACAGGCUAAUUUUACCCCAAACUGAUUUAAUCACGUCAUUCCCAACUCAGCUGGAUGGGGGGCCCAGCACACAAGUUGUGCAGGCUGGGAGCAGGAAAUAGAAACCCAGUGGGAGACAAAAAAAUUCUGUGGAAUGUAUUAAUGUUGAGUGUUCUCAAAGGUGAAUGUGGAUCAGCCUUUAUUCCCAUAUGUUUGUUUCCUA